GGUAAACUGAGGGAAGCUAAGCCAAAACCGCACUCCAUAACCAUUCUACGAGAACUUAUCCUUCGCACACACAUUCAAACCAAGUUUUGGUUCUCAACUCUGUCACUUAAACAAAAAAUGGACUCACUCCACAACACACCAAAGCCCCACGUUGUAUGCGUCCCAUUCCCAGCACAGGGUCAUGUAAACCCCUUCAUGCAAUUAGCCAAACUCCUCCACUGCGUGGGUUUCCACGUAACGUUCGUGAACACCGAGUUCAACCACAAACGUUUCGUUAAGUCCCAUGGACCAGACUUUGUUAAGGGUCUCCCAAGUUUCGUGUUUGAGACCAUACCCGAUGGGUUGCCACCUUCGGAUAAGGACGCAACGCAGGAUGUUCCAGCACUGUGUGAAUCCACUAGGAGAAGUUGCUAUGGUCCGUUGAAGGAGUUGGUGAUGAAGCUGAACUCUUCGCACCAUGUGCCUAAAGUUAGUUGCAUAAUUGCUGAUGGAACUAUGGGCUUUGCUACGAGAGUUGCUAAGGAUUUGGGCAUCGCAGAGGCUCAACUUUGGACAGCUUCGGCUUGUGGUUUUGUAGGGUAUUUGCAAUUUGAUGAACUCGUUAAAAGAGGCAUUGUUCCGUUUCAAGAUGAAAAUUUUGCUCUUGAUGGAACCCUAGAUAAAAGUUUGAAAUGGAUAUCUGAAAUGAAAGAUAUUAGACUCAAAGACCUUCCAAGCUUUAUAAGAACAACAACUUUGGAUGAUAUUAUGUUUGAUUUCUUGGGUUCUGAGGCACGAAAUUGUUUGAAAUCAUCUUCAAUCAUCAUUAAUUCAUUCCAAGACUUGGAUAGAGAAGACCUUAAUGUCCUUAGGGCCAAAAAUCCAAACAUAUAUAACAUCGGACCACUUCACUUGCUUGGUCAACAUUUUCCUGAUAAAGAAAAGGGCUUCAAGUCAAGUGGGUCAAGUUUAUGGAAGAACGACUCAAAAUGCUUAGAGUGGUUAGACAAAUGGGAAGUUGGCUCAGUCAUAUAUGUUAAUUACGGAAGUAUAACAGUAAUGUCAGAACAUCACUUGAAAGAAUUUGCUUGGGGACUAGCAAAUAGCAAGUUACCAUUCUUGUGGAUAAUGAGGGCAGAUAUAGUAAUGGGUGAAUCUAUAACUUUGCCACAAGAGUUCUUUGAUGAGGUCAAGGAUAGGGGAUACAUAACAAGUUGGUGCAUCCAAGACCAAGUGCUUUCUCAUCCAUCAGUUGGGGCCUUUCUAACCCAUUGUGGUUGGAAUUCUACCCUUGAAAGUAUAUCUGCAGGUGUGCCUAUGAUUUGUUGGCCUUUCUUUGCUGAUCAACAAACAAAUUGCAAGUAUAUAUGCACAAAUUGGGGAAUAGGGAUGGAAAUUAACUAUGAUGUGAAGAGAGAAGAGAUAUCAAUGCUUGUGAAGGAAAUGGUGAAGGGAGGAAAAGGAAUGGAAAUGAAACAAAAAUGCUUAGAGUGGAAGAAGAAAGCAAUAAAAGCUACUGAUAUUGGAGGAUCAUCUUGUAAUAAUUUUUAUAAGUUAAUAAGGGAGGUUUUUCAUCAUAAUGUUAUUUGAGUAAUGUUUUAAUGAUAAGAUGCAUUAAUGUUGAGUAGUUAGAUAAAAUUAUCUUUCUUUAAUAGGAAGGGAUUGCCAUAAGAUGAAAUUUAUAUGAUACAUGCAAUUGAUUUGGCUAAUUAGUAUUGUCUAAAAUGUUUCAUUUUAUAUUUAUUGUGUCAUUUGAACUUAAAUUUUAAAAG